GCGUAGCUCUAUAAAAACCGAGAUGAGCUACGGCGGGAAACUCAUCCUUCCGACACUUGCCCGAAGUGCUCCAACACCGGUCUCACGCCGAGUCUCGACGCCCGUCGCCAUGCACAAGCUCGUAAUCCUCUUCGCCUGCAUCUGCGUUGUCGCCGCACAGCGGGGCUUCGCACCGGUGGAGAACUACCCUCCGAUCCCGUACUCCUUCAACUACGCCAGCCAGGACGCCGAGGGCUCGCACACGCAUGAGCAGAGCGGCGACGGCGCCGGACGCGUCACGGGGCGCUACACCAUCCAGCUGGCCGACGGCCGAACGCGUACAGUCACCUACACGGCCGACGAGAACGGAUACCGUGCCGAGGUCGUUACCAACGAGCUGGGCACCGAAUCCAAGAACCCCGCUGACGUUGUCUUCCAGUCGAGCGCCCCGACCGGACCCGAGGCUGCCAUCGCCAACGAGCCCAACAGGAUUAGGGGCUAAGCACCGAGACGCACUCCUUGCCCGAUCGCCUCCGCUUCCUUUUUACCUGCGACGUUAUGUUCCUUCCGCGGACUUCUUUCGAGCAUCUGAAGUCCCAGUGUGUCACAAGGCGUUGUAAAUUUCUGUCCCUGUUCUUUCCUUGUCUCUCUUUCUUAUUGUAAUUGUGCGCUGUUAAACGUCCUUCUUCACUGUCCCAGUGUUGAACGUUGUCUCAUUAUUGCGCAGUUAGCUGCCCUCCUGUGUCCAUACGUAUAUCACUGCUUCAUCAUUCAGUAGGUGGAUGGAUAGAAUCCUUCUUUGGCUCAGAACACGCGGCUUCGCAUAUUACGUGCACAGGCCUGCGUAAAACUCGGGUUCGGUUCUCUUCCGUGCGGGUAUACAUCGUUGGGGAAAUGCUUUGCAAUAUAAGCGGGUCGUGGCAGCCGCUGGUGUACGGCUUGGCUUGCGGUACUACAUCUGUUUACUCUCAGAAGCGAGAUCUUCUCAUUCCUCGUUCCGGUUGUAGUUUUUUUUAUCCCUCGACCACACGUGCCAAGUUGCGCGAUUUCGUCAACGAAUACGCUGUUGCCUUAAGUGAACGUUAUGUGUGUUUUGUCCCGACGUCUUGUCCUCGUUUGUCGCUACCUCGACGUUCCCUCAGCACCUGCCUCUUCACUGCUGCCGUGGGGAAAAUGUCUGCCCGGUGUUGUGACUCUGGUGUACACGCGUGCAUAAUAAAGAGGGAUACUCAUAGCCUGCCAU